CCUACAAUACCCAUGUUAUCAGGGCGAAGAACGCCGAGGGCAGUGUUAUAAAUGUGUACGCGCGCUUGCCAAACGUCACUUGUGACUGGAUAUUGAAUGCGUGUUGUCCUUUAAACUUGGACAAAGUCCAAAGACUCCGUGACUCGUGUGUAUAUUCCAAGAAGGAUCAUUAUUCGUGAACCGAUAGCUUCAACAUUGUCGCUCGGCGGUUGUCCUGCAUGGAAGCAGACGACACAAAGAUGGUGGAAAUCUCGAAGCGUGAGGUGAUGGAGCACGGAGAAGUCUACGACUAUGUUAAACUGAAACAACUGCCUGAGUUUGGUGAUCUCAGUGAAAAGGUAAAUGAUUUACUGAAAAGAUCUACAUGGAUGGAGUUAUAUGGGAUCGACUGGAUGAUCUUUCUGACAGGUAUUGCAGGGGCGGCUUUCAGUUUAUGGUUGCUGAAAUCCGACUCGAUAUUUACGCUUGUGAUUGGAGGCCUGCUAAUGGGGUACUGUCAUUCAGUUAUCGCAACGAAGGGGGGUCACUGCUCUUCGCAUGGAGCGGUGUGUCAGUCGUCUGCUUGGAACAAAUUCUGGACUGUGUUUUUUGUCGAGUUUGUCGGUUCGUUUUCAUCGGAGGCUGCGAUCGAUAUACACAUCAAGUAUCACCAUCCUCACACUAACAUUAUCGGACUCGGUGACUCAAGCACAUGGAAGAUGCCCAUGCUCCCAUCUUACAUUUACAUGUUUGUAGCGCCUAUUCUGCUCCCAACAGCAACCCCGUUUCUUGGAUUUUCAAACCUUUUCGGUCAAUGGAUGAAGCUGCUUCGAUCUAUCAUUGUUGUUUCGUUAGGCCUUGCCUUCCACUUUUACCUUUUAAUGACUUUUUCGGGAUUUUCUCUGCUUGGCGCAAUAAUCUGCACAUUUGCCAGCCGUGCUACCCUCGCGAUUCCAUACAUCCAUGUCAACAUUUUCCAGCAUAUUGGCUUACCCAUGUAUUCAAACAAAGACAGGCCCAAAAGGAUUUACCAGAUGGCAACAGGGGUACUGAAUCUGAGCAGGAAUCCUAUUCUUGAUUAUAGUUUUGGGCACAGCAUCAUCAGCUGUCAUGUGGAGCAUCAUCUUUUCCCAAGACUCUCGGACAACAUGUGCCUAAAGAUCAAACCCCUGGUUUCCAAAUUCCUGAAGGAAAGUGGACUCCCUUACAACGAAGAAACGUACUCCAGCCGCCUGAGUCUGUUCAUUGAUAAGUACGAGGAACUGAUGGUGAAUGCCCCACCCAUCACUCACUUUGUUGGGCUUCAGUAACUUAUGGACAACGAAUUUGAAAGUGUUGGACUUUGUUGCCUGUGCUAUCCUUGUGGAUUAAUCAACGAUUAAGCAUAUUAAAAAUGAACAUUGGUCGUUUAAUAUCGUUAUAUGCUGAUCAAGUUGAUGGCAUAAUGGAAGCCUGACGGUUUGUCUCCUUCAAUUAAAGUUCGUUAGGGCUAUGUCAAGUUGAUUACUUGUUGGAUGGCUAAUUUAUCGAGAGUAAGAAGCUAGCAGCGAUUUUGUUUGUGAAAAAUUGUCUUCAUCAGAAUAUGAGUCAAAAGCUUUUCUUUCUCCUCGUUCUUGUAUGCUUUUUGUACUUGUACAUCAGACUGAAACUCUUAAUGAAUUGAUCACAAAUCAGUAUUUGGGACAGAUUUUUGCCCUUUUUGAGAACUGACGUUUACAUAUGCUUGGUUAAUUAAUUGAAUAUAUGAUCGAUUAAAUUUUUAAUAAUCUGGAAAAAGAUGUAGCGGUGUAAUCAUUUCAACGUGACCUUGUAAUGCACCAAACAGCAAUCACUAUUUGAUAUCUUUUACUGACCACCGACCAGUUUCCAUUUAUUCAUUCUAUUUCUGAAGAAUUCGGGAAUUAAAGCUGACGGUACCACUUACUUUGACCUUUGUAUAACAUUGAGCAAAUGCGCUUAUUUCAGUCCGUGGAAAUGUUUUGAGUCCAUUUCCGUUAUAGAGGGGGAAAAAAUCACACCCCUCUAUAUGUGAAUCAAGACAGUGGAAAUAGACCUUUCCUAUAGACAAGUUAUCACCAACGCCUGCACAUGCUAAUAAGUAUUACUGUUUAUUACGGAUUUCGCGAUACAUUCGGGUUAUGCAUGUUUGAAAACAAGUGCUUAAUUAAGUUGUAAUAUCGUAUUUUCGGGGAGAAAUGACAGCCGGACUGUAAGCAAUGACAAAACUAAAUGUGUAUGACUUGGAUUUCUGUGUACGUGAACUAGUCACACGACAUCCUCGUGUUUCUUUUCUAAAGGUAUCUUUUAGCAAGGUGCUUAUUUGAUGUAUUUUAAAUGUUUCCAAUCUAAAGGCAGUUUUGUUCAUCAUUGUCAGAAAAAUACGUCUCCCUUCUAAUGAAAACAAUAAAGGUAAAACCAAGUCGCCAUCAUGUGUGCUUUAAAUACGGGGUGCUCAGAUUGUCGCUAGCCAGUACAGAAGUAUGGUCGUGUAUCACAUAGGUGUGUAUGUGUGUAUACUCAUACAACCUGGUGCAUGUACAUUUCAGAAACAGGUGUCAACAAUGUGUGAAAUAUUGUAUGAGAACUGUGACAAUGCAACUGCAAUGCAAACACUGUUAUAUUUCGUUGUGUUCAUUAUGCAGUGUGAUUGUGGAUAUUAUGUGUAAUAUUUUUUCCGCAGUGUUUAAGUAUUUGCUGUGCCUGAUAUUUAUUUGUAACUUUUUUUCCGAGUACAUAACUUAUAUGUCCGAGUACAUUCCAGUCCGAGGAAUUUAAAAAGUAGAAGAAAAAAAAUGUAUCAUGAUAAGUUCGUGUUUUAAGUGUCCCCAAGAGCUUGCUUGAUGCAUAUUCCCGGGCCCUACUCUGCGUGGAGAUCAUUUCGUUUUGGAUUGCACAAUAUAUGUGUCUCAGAUGAUUAGCCUUUGGUCACCAACCGACACGCCUGUUGGUUGGCGCUUCAAGUAUAAUGUUACUGUUUAGGAGGCAGUUAGGUGUUGUAUGUCAGCUUUGUUGAUAUGUUGUGACUUUAUAUAUGAUAUUAACAAAUAGGAAGCUAUUUACGUGUCUAUAUAUUUGUGCAGAUUAUUUUCAUCACGAUGAAUGGUAGAAUAUCAUCAUACAUGUCAUAGGGUUUACCAAACUGAUUAGAUGAGAUCUUUACGCCUAACCGAUACACACGGACUGCCAGUAGGUCCAAGUCGCAUCAUUUCGCUGUUCAGAGUUCGAAUCCCAGAUUUGCCCGGAUUAUGAUCCAUGUAUUUUUAGUAUCUCACCAGUACCUGUGGGGUUAGCCGAAGUGGUACACGACUCAGACCUGCACCACUGGAUUGUUCACCCACACCAAGGUAACACGCCACGAUAUCACUGAAAAACUGUUCAAAACUGUUCAAAACAGCCUUAAACUAAAAUAACUUGCUCACUCACCCACCCAGUAGGUUAGUAAUUGGGAAUCCUAUAGAACCUUACGUAAGCAAUGCAGUUUGUCCAUGUAUUAUGCAAGAAUGAAGUCCAACAUCCAAUGCAAAAGCAGGGUUAGAAAUUAACAGUUUUUGUCCACUAGUCCUUAUAAUGAUAACAUAUAGCAAAACCCUUAAAAUGGGCCAAUUUCUACUAGUCCUUAGGAUACCUUUACUAUUGGGCAGUUUGGUAAGGACUACAGGACUAGUGCCAAUUUCUAAUGCUGAAAAGAUUAACAUGGCAGUACAUAAAAUGCCGGUGGUAUUGAAUGGAUCAUGAAAUGUCAUGAUAUAUAACGACUAACCCUGUCUUCACAUGAUGUGAUAAUUGCUGUUUUGGUUUUAAUUUGAAGUAGGUUUUGUUAAGAUUUUCUACUGUAAUAAUGAAAUAUAUUUGUUUGAGAAUUGAAGCUUACCAAACAUA